AUGUCAUCAGUAGCACAAUCAAUUCUUAUUGCUUCACAACAAUAUACAAUCUAUGUCAGUUUCAUUAUUUUAUUUUCUGGUGUUUUUGGACAUAUUUUCAACAUUCUUAUAUUUACUCAUCUAAAAAUUUUUCGAGGAAAUCCAUCAGCUAUAUAUCUUAUUUCUGAAUCAAUUGUUAAUCUAUUUCAAAUGCUUAUAUCAUUUUCAUCUCGUAUUGCAAUCAAUGGAUUUAAUAAUGAUUUAACACAAACAUCAAUUGUUUGGUGUAAAUUAAGAAAUGCAUUUGUUCCAACUUUUACACUCAUUUCACUCAGUAUUGUUUGUUUUGCUGCAAUUGAUCAAUAUUUAUCAACAAAUCAUUAUCCAUAUUUAAGACAAAUGAGUACAACUAAGACAGCUAAAAAUCUCAUUACUCUAGCAAUUAUCAUUUGGUGCUUACAUAGUUUACCACUUCUAAUUUUGUUUGAAAUUAGACCAAUAGCCGGAUGUAAUAUAUAUAAUCAAGGUAUGAUAACUUAUGUUACAUAUGUCUAUUAUCUCAUCCUUACUGGUGCAUUACCAAUAGCAAUAUCAACAUUAUUUGGUAUAUUAGCGUAUCAAAAUGUUCGUCGUAUUGUACGACAACAAAUAGCAGUACGUCGAAGAAAACUUGAUCAACAAUUAACAGCAAUGAUAAUUGUUCGAGUAGGUUUUCUAGUUGUUUUGACAGUACCGUAUGUUUUACAACGAAUUUAUUCAAAUGUUGUAUAUAUAAGUAAAGAGGAUGUAAUUCAUAAAGCUGUUCUACAACUUGUUGGAUCUGUAACUAUUUCAUUAUUUUAUCUAAAUUAUUCGGGUUCGUUUUAUUUAUUUUUAAUAUCAUCCGGACGAUUUCGUCGACAAGUAAAAAAUGUUUUUCUACAUAAAUUUUGGAGAAUUUAUUGUAGAAAUCGAAUACGUCAAAAUCAAAUUUUACCAUUGCCAACCGUUUCCAGUGGUGCAUUUGAUUUACAAUCAAUAAAUUAA